AAAACAACACCACACCAUCCUCACCAACUCCCCUUCUCCUCUUCUUGCUUCUCCUCCUCCCAUUCCCAUUCCCAUUCCCAUUCACCAUCACCAUGAGAGGAGGCGCCCUAUGGCAGCUCGGCCAAUCCCUCACCCGCCGCCUCUCCCACGCCCAUCCCCAUCGCACCACCAAGAACCGUUCAUUCGCCGCUGCCGCCGGUGAGCUCAAGAAAACCGUUCUCCAUGACUUCCAUGUCGAAAAUGGCGGAAAGAUGGUCCCUUUCGCCGGAUGGAGCAUGCCUAUCCAAUACAAGGAUUCCAUCAUGGACUCCACCAUCAACUGCCGUGAAAAUGGCAGCCUUUUUGACGUCUCUCACAUGUGUGGCCUCAGCCUCAUGGGCAAGGACUGCGUCCCUUUCCUUGAGCGCCUCGUGAUUGCCGAUGUUGCCGGUCUCAAGCCUGGCACUGGGACUCUCACGGUCUUCACCAAUGAGCGUGGAGGCGCCAUCGAUGACUCGGUGAUCACUAAGGUCAGUGAUGAUCUCAUUUACCUGGUGGUUAAUGCUGGGUGUAGGGAUAAGGAUCUUGCCCACAUUGGAUCUCAUAUGGAAGCAUUCAAGGCCAAGGGCGGGGAUGUCAACUGGCACAUCCAUGACGAAAGAUCCCUCCUUGCGCUUCAGGGUCCACUUGCUGCCCCAGUUCUUCAACACCUGACUAAAGAUGAUUUAAGCAAAAUUUACUUUGGAGAAUUUCGUAAGCUGGACAUCAAUGGAUCCCACUGCUUUCUUACUCGAACAGGCUAUACUGGUGAGGAUGGUUUUGAAAUCUCAGUGUCCUCAGAAAAUGCUGUAGAUCUUGCAAAAGCCAUCCUGGAAAAAUCUGAAGGGAAGGUAAGAUUGACAGGACUCGGUGCUCGUGACAGUCUCCGCCUCGAGGCCGCUUUAUGCCUAUAUGGUAAUGACAUGGAGCAACAUGUUACACCCGUCGAAGCUGGCCUUACGUGGGCAAUUGGCAAAAGAAGAAGAGUAGAAGGUGGCUUCCUUGGAGCCGAUGUAAUCCUUAAACAACUUGAAGAAGGACCGGCAGUCAGGCGUGCAGGGUUUUUCUCAUCCGGUCCACCGCCCCGUGGCCACAGUGAGAUACUCAGCAGUUCAGGCGAAAAGAUCGGCGAGGUGACCAGUGGAGGAUUCAGUCCGUGUUUGAAGAAGAACAUAGCAAUGGGCUAUGUCAAAACCGGAUACCACAAACCGGGCACUGAAGUGAAGAUCGUCAUCCGCGGCAAAUCCAAUGACAGCGCCGUCACAAAAAUGCCAUUUGUUCCUACCAAGUAUUAUAAGCCCUGAGUUAUUGUUAGCCUUUUGUUGCCAUUCUGUUUUUAAUGGUCUUGUUUCAUAUUGAUUCAUAAAUCUUGCAAGUUAGCAAUCUUCUUCAAACUAAGAAUUUGAAAAGAAAACUUGGGUACACUCUUUCUUUCCUCAA